AUCAAGGCGGGCAGCGUCGGCCGCCAUUUUGUGACGACGAGGGGAAGGCAGAGUUUAGGAGGCAGAGAAGUAAAUGUAAAAGAGCGCGGACGGCAGCUGAGCAAUGAUGCGUCGUGAUUCCUGUCCGCUUGACUGUAAGGUCUAUGUGGGUGACCUGGGAACCAAUGGAAACAAGACAGAGUUAGAGCGUUCAUUCAGCUACUAUGGACCCCUGAGGAAUGUGUGGGUUGCUCGGAACCCCCCUGGCUUUGCAUUUAUAGAAUUUGAGGACCCCCGUGAUGCAGCAGAUGCUGUACGAGAAUUGGAUGGCAGAACCCUGUGUGGAGUUCGUGUCCGAGUGGAGCUGUCCUCUGGUGAAAGGAGGAAGCGUUAUCGUGGCCCUCCACCGCCCUGGACCAGGCGUCCCCGUUAUGAUGAUUAUCGUCAUCGUAGCCCUCAGCGGCGACGUUACUCAAGGUCUCGGUCCAGGGAGAACAGGCGUCGUGAGCGUUCAAUUUCGAGGGACAGAGAAAGACGAGAGCCAUCAAGAUCUUUCUCUAGAUCGCACAGUCGUUCCCGGUCCAUUGAGAGGAAGUAGAAUCUCUGGUGGAGAUGGCCUCUUCUCCCCCCUGACUUCUUGGAGAUGAAGAAUGUCUACAACGCUCUUGCGAUUCUACAACUGAUGAAGAUUUAAGAGCAGCAGAGUGGGGUUGGGAGAGGAGGCUGUUUCUUUUAUUCUGAUUUGAAGGAUGAGCUUUAACCAGCUCACCAAUUUUUGGAACUUUUUUUUAAAAAAGACAAAAAAAAAACAUGUCAUGCAAAAACUAUAAAAAUUUGCUACUAAUCACCAGAAAAGGAGGUCAGACCAGUGCUAGAGCAGUAACAGGACCUCCAUUUCUUGUCAUCUACUGUAAUUUCUUCCUUUACAUACCUAAUGAUGUCAACAGUUAUUCAUUCAAUCCCUUUCAGUGCUUUUAUUAGUUUGUCUUGCAUUGCAACGAAAAGUUAUUGUGACUCAAAGGAGUGUCUUCGCCAAGAUAUGGGCACUGCUUAAUAAACUGCACCUCAUAGUUUCUGAACUCAUUUCUCUUUACAGAAGGUGUGAGUGAGAAGUUGCUGGGGUGGGGUGCAGUUUAGAUGAGCAGAAAUGAAGUUUGCUUUUGUCAGGUCAGUCUUUGUAUUGAACUCCAUGGACAAGAAGGUUGUUUGGAGCAUUGAGGCAGGGAUCUGGUUUUGGAGAAGGGAAGAUCUUAUCUGCUAACUGAAAAUUGAACAAUGUUAGGGAUGAUUUUAAGCAGUUCUAGGGAGGAAUGUGGGAAAAGCAGUGGCCUUAACUCGUGAAUGCAUAGCUGGUCAGUUUUGAUUAGCGGGCUCAUCGCCAAAACCUGAUUGGGACCAUGUUAUUGCUGCUUUAACGUCAUGGUGCCCAGACUCCCAUGUCGCUAAUUGUGUUCAUCCCUGUAACAGGAGAACCCUGUGGAUGCUGCUAAUUCAAAAUUAAGAUAAAACCUCCUACUGUAACAAACUGCAAUGAAAUAAAUGACUAACCAGAGGGGGAGUUUGUCUACCUGCCUGGCAACCAGCAGCAGGUUACAUCUUCAGCUUUUCUUUAUUUUGAAGGGUUCAUUCAGCAUUGCAGCAAAACAUACCUAAAAAAUGACAUGAUUUAGGGUGUGGAUUAGAUUGCAUGCUGUACACUUCUGCCUUGAAGCUUGUUUUCUCUUGUGGUUGAUGUUUUUGAAGAAAACAUUCAUUCUACCCAGUUCCCCACUUGAGUUGCAUCUUGCUGAUAACUCUGUAGUGGUGUACAUCUUGUUCUCUAGUGUUCUGGAGAUAAGUGAAGGGCAGCAGAGGUUUGCCCUGAAGGAUUGGCAACAAGCAUACAACCAAAGAACUAGAAGUAUCUGCAUUUCCCUGAGCACAUCUGUACCUCUCUGACCUCUUCACUAUACAAAAAAAAACUUUACUCCAAGCAUUGUACCCUGUCAAUCAGUUGAAGUCCGAUUUGUCUUCAAGGUACUGUUCACUUUUGCAGUUUUUGAAACUUAGCAAAUACUGACAGUGCUCUGGCAAAGUAAGUAUCUGAUCAUCCUUCAACUGUUGCUGAUACUGACACUGGCCAGAUGUACCUUGUCCUGUACAAUAGAACUUAGUUUCAAUAAGCAUUGCUUCUAGUGACCAUUUGGUUGCAAGCAUGCAGUCUGCAUUUAACUCUUGCUUGCUGUACGUUUCUGACUAACUGGUGAUAUCUUUCUGCUUGUUAUGUGGGAAGUGAUGCUUUGAAAGAAGAGAAAUCCACCAAUGCAAUAAUUACAACCCAUGGUGCAUGAUUGCAUUUAUAAUGAGGGCUUUGGUGUCUUGAUCAGGUUAGUGGUGCAUUACUUCAACAGGACAUCUGAGGCUAUUCUCUUGGGAUGAUGGAAUUGAGAAACAUUCCUGCUAAAAGCAAAGCCUAUAACAUUCUUAGACUAAUGUGUUGCUGUCUGACAAACAGAUCUUGUAUUAUAGGACGUAAUAACUUUGGUGUUACACCUUGCUGACUGAUGCACCUUGCUCACUAGCAUCCUUAGUGUUUUGUGUUAAAGUUUAAAAUGCUGAGAGUGAAGUGAUUCACCAAAGUGUCCGUCCGAUGUGAAAUAAAAGGGGUGUGGAAGUCAUGAACUUAACAUUUUGUUGCUGCAGCUAAUGUGGCAGUUUGUUCUGUUGCCUGUGGCCAUUGUGUCUAAUAACCAGUUAAUUCUCCAGAUGAAUGAGAAUUCCAUUGAUUCCCUUUUUGGUCCAGCGAAUGUCUGCUUCAUGUGGGAAUAUUCCUGGGGCUGCAUCUGACAGAGUAGUAAAAUGACAACAUUUUUCUCCCUACUUGUUAUUUCAAAUAAGUAAUGAUUCUUUCAUGGGAUAUACUUCUGUUGGAAUUAGUUAAAGGAACGGCAGCUGCAUUGAUACUCCAGGCUUCAAUCCCAAACCUUCACUGAUAUUGCAAGGUCACAGUAAGCUACCCUUCUUCAAUAACCUAACUAGUUAAUAGAGUUUAAGAAUAGCAGCAAGCAUUAAAGUUCUUCUCAGUGAUAGUGACCAGUCCCAAGACAUAAAGCUAGUGACUUCUACAUUUCCUGGUGCAGGGACUAAUAACACUUACCUGGCUUUGCCAAAAUUACCUAACAGAGAUGGCUCAAAAUCCACCUUGGCCUAUUGAAGCUUUUUAUUGAGCAGGCAGACCUGCAGUUCUGGUGUUUAAUUUGGAUUUCAAAGCACUCUGCUCUGAACCUGAUUGUUUAGCAGCUGAAUGAUUACAGUACUAUAAUGUUUGAGAUUUAUAUUUCCAUGUUUUGCUGAUUUAGCAUGAUCAGCAGCCCGUUCUAAAGGUUCGCUCACACACUAUGUGAAAUUCCCUUACUCAUGUUUUGCUUCACAUUAAUACAAAAGCUACCAAAAGCCAUCCCUAACUAAGCCAGUCUUUGCAUGCAACUCCAAAAAGCAGCCUUUUACAAAGAGUCUGCUGUGCAAUGGUUUAAUAUCUUCAUGUAGACAGUAUAUUAAUGGAGUGUGUAUAUAAAAAAAAGUCUGUAAACAGAUUUAUUUUUAUCAAGACUAAGGAUUUCUUAGUGGGAAAGAUGGCAUUUCUGCAGCUAUGCACUGUUGAAAGACUUGAUAGCACAGUGGACCAGAUUUGAUUUAAAAGCAUUAAAUGGGAAGGAUUCUGUUUGCAAGUCCUGUACCCAUCGUUUCCAAGCUGGCUUAUCUAAGUACUUUUUAAAAGGAGCACAGUGCUUGUCAUUUUGUGUAUAACUACAAUGCAUUUUUUUUUAAAACACACUCUGUUGGAACUUGGAAAUUUAUGGUAUUCAUGUUGCAACUUCCCAGUAAAAGGACUUUGAACUGUUUUGUAUUUCAAACAUGUAUCCUGAGACACUUUAAACUCGUUCUGAGAAGUUUUGAAUCAAAAUAUCCAGGUGCAUGUUUGCAGAUAUUUCUUGCUGUUGGACCAGCUGUUUGGUUAAUCUGAAUCUCUUCAUUAAGUUAUUGCAUUCUAAAGCUCUUGCAAUGUUAAUGGCCCCUUGUGCGUGACACUAGUGCUAAGAAAAUUAUUUCUGAUUGUCUAGCUGAGAGUAUUUUGUGGCAUCCGCAGAGUACGGCAGGACCCUUUUGAAGUCACUGUGGACAACUGCAGCCAAACUGUCAGUAACUGACUUUUUUUUUAAGAAAAAGACUUGAUACUAGCUGGAUUGAUGUUUUGAUUAUAUGUUUUUUGUUCUGUGUUUUUUGUCAGAUUUCAAUAUAAAAGUUACCACAACCACA